AGGGCAAUGUGAUGUUCUAUGAGGAGGACCUGAUUGAGAGCAGCAUAGACGUCACUGACGCCUCAGUGUAUUCUGGGAUUUGCACUGAGAUCUUUAAGGAGGAAUCUGUGAUUCAUCAGAAGAAGGUCUACAGUUUCAUUCAUCUGAGUGUUCAGGAGUUUCUUGCUGCUUUCUAUGUGUUUUCCUUUCAUGUAAGUACAAUUAUGGUGGGACUAAAAACAUUUGCUCCAGUACAAAAUUUGCUUAAAUGUGCAGUAGAUCAAGCCUUUGAGAGUGAGAAUGGCCAGCUGGAUCUGUUCCUGCGGUUCCUGCUGGGCGUCUCACUGGAGUCCAAUCAGAAACUCUUACAGGAUCUACUGACUCACACAGAGAACAGCUCAGAAAGCAUCAGGAGAACCACACAGUACAUUAAAGACAAGAUCAAAGAUGAACAUGGACUCUCCACUGAAAGAUCCAUCAAUCUGUUCCUCUGUCUGCUGGAAGUGAAAGAUCAGACUCUGUCCAGAGAGAUUCAGGAGUUUGUGAAAUCAGACAAACACUCAGAGAAGAAACUCUCUCCUGCUCACUGCUCAACAAUCGCCUACAUGCUUCAGAUGUCAGAGGAGCCGCUGGAUGAGCUGGACCUCAAGAAAUACAACACAUCAGAUGAGGGGCGAAGAAGACUGAUACCAGCUGUGGUCAGCUGCACAAAAGCUCUUCUUGCUGGCUGUAAUCUCACUGCUCAGGAUUGUGAAAUUGUGUCAUCAGCUCUACAAUCCUCAGACUCUGCCCUGAGAGAGCUGGAUCUGAGUAACAAUGACCUGCAGGAUUCAGGAGUGAAGCGGCUCUCUGAUGGACUGAAGAGUCAAAACUGUCAGCUGGAGAUACUGAGGUUGUCAGGCUGUAUGGUGACAGAGGAAGGCUGUGGUUAUUUGUCUUCAGCUCUGAGUUCAAACCCCUCACACCUGAGAGAGCUGGAUCUGAGCUACAAUCACCCAGGACAAUCAGGAGUCCAGCUGCUCAAACACAAACUGGAGGAUCCAGACUAUAAACUGCAGAUACUCAAUUUGGAUCAUGGAGGCCAUUUUAGAAUCAGACUAGGACUGAAAAAAUAUGCCUGUGAUCUCACACUGGAUCCAAACACAGCACACACUCAACUCAUCCUCUCUGAAGACAAUAGAAAGGUGACACGAGUGGAAGAGAAGCAGCUGUAUCCUGAUCAUCCAGACAGAUUUGAGAACAAUGAGCAGGUUCUGUGUGAAGAGAGUCUGACUGGACGCUGUUACUGGGAGGCUGAAUGGAGUGUACAUAAGGCUGAUGUUGCAGUGACAUAUAAAGGAAUCAACAGGAAAGGAGCGAGUGAUUCUUGGUUUGGAUACAGUGACAAUUCCUGGAGUCUUUUCUGCACUGGUAAUGGAUUCCAUGUCUGGCACAAUAAUAAGAGCACAUACAUUGCUUCCCCUUCACCCCCAUCUAAUAGUGUAGGAGUGUAUGUGGACGUGUCGGCCGGCACUCUGUCCUUCUACAGUGUCUCUGACACACACACACUCACACACUUACACACAUUCAACACCACAUUCACUGAACCCCUCUAUGCUGGGUUUAAGGCUUAUGAUGACUCAGUGUCUCUUUGUCAGAUUAAAUAACCUUCUGUGAGGAACCACAGAGACAUCACACAUAAAGGUUUGUAGCAUUUUGUCUCUUUGCUUUUAGCUCAUCUGCUGCACAAGCUACAAUUCAUCUAAACUUUGACCAAAUCCAUUUUCACUAUUUGUUUGUAUUAAAAAAUACUAUACAAAAUGUUUCAGUGGAGACUUCAUCAUAGUCAAAGCUAAUGGUCUGUAGAAACACUCUGGGCUCUUCAUUUGGUGUGAUCUUAUAAAAGCUACACUCUAAAAAAAAUGGUGCUAUACAGCACUAAAAGCGGUUAUUUGGCUUGUAAUCAUAGGGGAACCACUUUUAGUGCUAUUUAGCACCUAUUUUUACAGAUGCUAUAUAGCACUUUGUCAAAUGGUGCCAUGUAGAAUCAUAAGAGGUGCCAUAAAGCACUUUUUCUCAACAAUGGUGCACCAAUCAUAACUCAUCCAUGGCUCCCAGCAUGCAUUGCGACAUGAAUAAAUUAUGCAGC